AUGGAAUUUUAUUUUCUUAUUGUUUCAUUACUUGUUGUUAGUACGUUAAUUUUUGUUAUAAUUAGUAAGAAUAAACAACAAAUUUUAUUUAUUAAGAGUUUGAAAUGUUUUAAUAUCAAUGAACCUGCUAUUAGUGUUACUGAUUACUCUAAAAUAUAUCAUGCACAAACUAAUAAAUCUAAAGAAGUUCAAAAAGAAUUUCCUGAAGGAUGUGGUGGUUUUUGUAUCAAAUUAUUAUUGAAACAAUUACCUCCACAACUAAUUCAUAAAUCUAUGAAAUAUUUUGAAGAGUUCCAUCAUAAAAACCUUCUAGAAGUAUAUGCUUACCAAACAACACCACCUAUUUUGAUAGAAGAGUAUUGCCAUAGACUUUCUUUGAAUGAGUUUGUUCAAACUAACCACCCUAAUUUGCAUGAUCAAGUUUUCUAUUAUGAUAUUGCACUUGAUAUUUUAAAUGGCCUUAAAUAUCUUCACUCAAAUGGAGUUGUUCAUGGGAAUAUAUCUCCAUCGAAUGUUCUUGUUACUAAUGAUUAUCAGAUGAAAUUAUCUGAUCCUUCUUUCUCUUGUUUUUCAAGAAUGAAUCAAUUCUUAUCAAAGUCAUCCCAUUUUCAGUCUCAUAUUCCUGAAAUAGAGUAUUGUUCUCCUGAAGCACGAAAUACAUUCACCACUCCAUCUUCUGAUGUUUUUUCUUUUGGAAUGGUUAUGGCGUUUGUAGUUCUUAGAAGACCCUUACAAACUAUUGUUGGAAGAAGUAUUGAAAUAAAAAAGAAACAACACCUGUUAGUCAUUCUUGACUCUCAAGAAAUAGAGUUAAUUAUAAAAGAAUGCACUAAUUACGAAUCAUAUAGAAGACCACCAGUGUCAUUGUUAAUUCAACAUAUCACGAAUUUGAAAAUAAAUGAAUGUCAAGUUUGA